GACAGGCGUCUUGAUAAUUCCCGAAAUGUCGGAAUGAAUGAAUGACGCAGGUGAAAAUCGAGAUCUUUCUCUGACGGACUAAAUCCUGCCUGGUUUAUUUCGUGGCUCUUAAAUUCUUAUGUCCGGAUGUAGUCUUAUUUCUUAUUUUCCUCUUAUUUGGAGAUCAUAAUCGGACUUGGUUGUUUCCCCGCCCGUUUGUUCCCGGUGUUGUUACAUUUUACAACCUAUCCAUGCUGAUUAGUGAGCGAGACUUGUUGAGUGAGCUGAACGGUAUCCUCACAAAAAUUGCACCGGCACGAGCCGGGUAGACUCUUCCGAAUCACCGCUACUUCCUCUGGCUUGGGGCCUUUAUUAACUGUCUUACUCAGAGUCUUAGCUUCGCGUGUAUAUUUUUAACUUCGUGAUACUACUCGAUCAACAAGUUCUAUCGAAAAAUUGCAUCGAGGAUUUGAGAUCAUGGGAGCUACAGAUGUUGAUGAUGUUAAAUUUGAGUAUGAAUGGAGGCAGACGGAUGAAGAUAUUUAUGUUGAAUUUAAUGUGAAUGGACUAGAAAUCAAGAAGGAGGACAUUGAAUUGGAGCUCAAUGAUAGUAGCAAGAUCUGUGUUUGCUGUGUAUAUUUCAAAGAUGGCAUUAAAUGGGUCUGUUCACUUCAGCACCUGGUUGUCAAGUCAUCUGAUAGUGUUAAAUUGAAAGAUGGAGUACUCAUUGUUCAUCUGCCAAAGAAAGAGAAAUUCAAAGAAUGGAAACGAUUAGGAGAUUGUGCUUUCACAAAAGAAAUGCAAGAGGAAGGUAUCCCUAAUGUAAUAAAUGAGAAUGGAAUACAAACAGAAGGGUCAUCAGUUGUUAGAGAUGGAGAAGGUGGCAUGCAAAUGGAUGAAGAGAAAGAUGCUGAAGAGGAGUAUUUAGUCAACCAUGUCAAGCAUAAUUUCUUUCAGAGGCAAGACUUGAAAGUUAUUUACCUUCAUAUGUAUGUGAAGAAGAUCAAGCGGGACUCUGUCAGUGUCACUUUUUCAGAAAAUGAAAUAUGCAUCAAAUUCAAGACUAAUGACAAUCAGUUUCUCCAGUUGAAUCAUGGGAGUACAUCAGAUACCUUAUUUUGUUGGAGAAUCAGACCAUGGAGACCAGUUGUUCCUGCAGCCUGUCAUCAUAAGGUUACAAAGAGUAAUCUAGAAGUGAACAUCACCCAACUAAAAGCAGAGAGGUGGAAGGCUCUUGAAUGCUCUACUAAAGACACUGGAAACACUCCCAGAGGAAGGGCUGCCUCCCAGGGUGACUGGGUACCUCUUUCUUCAACCAAGACAGCCACACCUACCAAAGAAUCAGCUGAAAUCACCAAAGAUUCAGGCUCUGAGAAGGAGAACCUGAGAGGUGCUGUGGGAGGAGCCAAGUCUGUGGAGAUCAAGGAGAGUGUAACUAGGACCAAGUCUGUUUUACAGAAACCUACUUGCACAGUACCGCCACUGAGUCUAGGAAAGCAGGCUCCAUCUCUACCAGUAGAGCCUACACCAUCACUUCAUCUAGGUUACUGUGGUCUUGAUAAUCUUGGUAACACCUGCUUCAUGAACAGUGUUCUUCAGGUCUUGGCCAAUACAAUUGAACUCAAAGACUUUAUGCUAGGAGCCGACUUCAAGAAUGAGAUUAAUCGAGACAAUCCCCUAGGUAGCGGGGGUCAUCUUGUUCUAUCAUUUGCUGUAUUGAUGAGAAGGCUAUGGGGAGGGCAAAAUAAAUCCAUUGCUCCUUCAAAACUGAAGUCCAUUAUAUCAGCCAAAGCCAGUCAAUUCAUGGGGUUUGCUCAGCAUGAUGCACAGGAAUUCAUGGCAUUUCUUCUUGAUGGACUUCAUGAGGACAUCAACAGAAUUCGUAAAAAGCCUUACACUCAAACCGUGGAUUCUGAUGGAAGACCUGAUGAGGUUGUAGCGGAUGAAGCAUGGAAGACACACAGGAGAAGAAAUGAUUCAUUCAUUGUUGAUUUGUUUCAAGGCCAAUACAAGUCCAAACUUGUCUGUCCUGAUUGUAACAAGGUAUCAAUUACCUUUGACCCCUUCAUGCACCUGUCCAUGCCCCUUCCAAAGAAGAAGCGUCACUUCCCUGUCUACUUCUUCUCACGAGACUGCCAUCAACGACCGGUCAAGUAUGUAGUGUCACUAAGCUCUGAUGCUACUGUCCAUGAGUUGACCGUUCAGGUUGGUCAGAUGGCAGGAGUCAAUGCUGCCAAUUUGAGGGUCUUUGAGGUCCAUCGGAGCUGUAUCCAGAAAGUCUUUUCCAGAAGGAGCACAAUGUCGGGUGUAUCCUUCAAUGAUAUUAUCUUUGUACAUGAAGUCUUAUCACCUUCCUUAGCAGGAGAGAGUGUAGUAGAGCUUUCAGUCAUUCAGCGUAUGUUAAUGCCUCCUGCUCUUCUUCACUGUUCACACUGUAAGAAAUCAUGUGAGAAAAGCAGAAGUCUCAAGAGAUGCACCAAGUGUUACAGGGCAGCAUACUGUGAUCAAGCUUGUCAGAAGAGCAAUUGGAACAUCCACAGGACUUCUUGUCGCAGGUUUCCAGAACCUGUUGGAUGUCCUUUCAUCAUCAGUUUACCUAAAUCUCAUGCCACAUAUGCCAGGCUUUGUCAGCUCAUGGAAUGUUACGCAAGGUAUUCUACCAAUGUGUUUGUGCCACCCCUCAAAUCACCAGGUUCUAUAAGUAGCAGCUCUAGUAGUAGCUCUCAUGAGAGUGAACAUCCCUCUACCUCUACCCAUUCACCCCCUCAUUCCCAGGGUCUGGCACCCCCCUCUACCACUACCUCUCCAGUGAACACACCAAGAAUUCCUACCAGGGAUGAUGAUGAAGAGAUGGAGGAUAGAGAGGAUGGGAAGGAGAAAAUGAAUGACAGUGGUAUUGAAGACCCCAUUCACUCAAAGGACAUGGGAGAUGCAUCGAUAGAAGGAACAACUGACAGAGAUGAGGCUUUGAGAAAAGGAGAUGAAGGAGGGGGAGGAGAUACUGGAGAAGAGUCUAUCGGCCAUUUCUCUGAUAUGGAAGGAGCCGCCACUGCUACAGUGGUUGGACAACCUCAGACCUUGGAGAGAAAGAUGCCUCUGUUUUUCAUCAAGCCUGUCAAUCACAUAGGCAACAGCAUCCCAAGCAAGGAGCGCUUCAAAGAUGAAGGUGAUGUCCCUCUUGAUUUGACUGGUAUCAUAAGUGUAGCCAUGGAUUGGAGAAAUGAUCCUAAACAAGAGAACAAUGUUUUAGUAGAGUCAAGAACACUGGACUAUAAUGAAGAUGAGUCUGUGUGUGGUGUAAAAUCCUAUGAAGAGACUGAAAUCACCUUGGACCAAUGUCUCAAACUAUUCACAGAGCCUGAAAAGCUGUCUCCUGAAGAAGCAUGGUAUUGUCCCAAGUGCAAGCAACAUAGAGAAGCAACAAAGCAGAUGUUACUAUGGCGAUUACCUUCUACUCUCAUUAUUCAAUUGAAGCGGUUCUCAUUUGGUAACAUGUUAUGGAGAGAUAAGAUAGACAAGAUGGUGGAAUACCCAGUUAGAGGCUUGGAUCUGUCUCCUUACUGCCAUGGUACUCACAGCCAACCUUUGAUCUAUGAUCUGUAUGGUGUCAUCAACCAUCAUGGUGGUAUUCUAGGAGGACAUUAUACAUCCAUUGCUAGACUGGCUUCUACUGCUGACUGGAGUAAGAAUGAACAUGACUGGAGACUCUUUGACGACAGUCACGUAACGACCAUCUCAGAGAAGAACGUGGUAACGCGUUCUGCCUACCUCCUCUUCUAUCGACGACGCCAACCUUAUACCCCAUACAUCUGGCAACCUACUCCAGAGCCAGAGGUUGAACCCAUGAUGGAAGGGAAAUCAGUGAAAGAGACAGUGGAUGAACCAGAGGAUAUGGAUGAUAAGUGAGUGCUUUUUUAUUUAUGUAUUCGGUG